CGUCAAUCAAAAUACCCCGGGGAGAGUCAAUUAGGAACGAUCGAUGGCAGGUGGGGACAGAGCGUCACACGUCAGACCGAUGGAGGGAAACUUGGGAAAUGUCGCUCUGCCGGUGGUUGAAAGCGAGCAGGAGCCGCGCGGCAUCAUGGACGAGUCUCUGCUCGGCUUGACAAAGCACUCGGGUUACACUGUUGUCCAGGAGAACGGGCAGAGGAAGUUCGGAGGACCACCGCCUGGCUGGGAGGGUCCGCCCCCACCGCGGGGCUGCGAGGUCUUCGUGGGGAAGAUUCCCCGCGACGUGUACGAGGAUCAGCUGGUGCCGCUGUUUGAGAGUGCGGGCAAGAUCUACGAGUUCAGGCUGAUGAUGGAGUACAGUGGCGAGAACCGCGGCUACGCCUUCAUCACAUAUGCUGACAGGGAAGCGGCCCAGCGAGCGAUCCAGACGCUGGACAACCACGAGGUCCGGCCGGGCCGUUUCAUCGGUGUCUGCGUCAGUCUGGACAACUGUCGCCUCUUCAUCGGCUCCAUCCCCAAAGACAAGAAGAAAGACGACAUCAUGAGGGAGAUGAAGAAGCUGACAGACGGCGUGGUCGACGUCAUCAUGUAUCCCAGCUCCACCGACAAAAGCAGAAACCGAGGAUUCGCCUUCGUCGAGUACAAAUCUCACAAAGCUGCAGCCAUGGCUCGCAGGAAGCUCGCGCCAGGAAGCUUCCAUCUGUGGGGUCACGCCAUCCAGGUGGACUGGGCGGAGCCUGAGAAGGACGUGGACGAGGAUGUGAUGCAGCGCGUCAAAGUUCUUUACGUGCGCAACCUGAUGCUGAGCACCACUGAGGAGACUCUGCGCCACGAGUUCUCCCACUUCAAACCGGGCUCCGUGGAGCGCGUCAAGAAGAUCACCGACUACGCAUUCAUCCACUACCGCCACCGUGACGACGCCGUCGCUGCGCUGCAGUUAAUGAACGGAGCCAGGGUGGACGGCGCCACCGUGGAGGUGCUGCUCGCCAAGCCCACGGGCAACAGAGAAGGAGGCGUGGCCAGCAACAGGAAGGUCAGUGGAAGGACAAACACGGAAAACAGCGAAGGAGCGGGAACAGGAAGUGUGGCGCUGCACAGGAAGCACCGAGGCAUGAUGGGAGGAGCCGAGGACAUGUACUCACCGCCGAGACCAGUGUCCCUGCAACCUGGACUGGGAAGCCCCUUCUACUCAACAGCAGAAGCUGUGGACAGGAGUGUGUUCCCUCUGUUGCCCGGCACCUCCCUCUCUCCCACCAGUAUGCUGUCGCUGAACCACAGACAGUUCGGCUCGGCCGUGAGUCGACUCGACGUCUACUGCCGCAAACACUUCCUGUCCCCACCUGAGUAUCACCUGUUCUCCACCUGCGGACAAGACGGACAGCUGCGGCUCCUCUACAAGGUUGUGAUCUCAGCCACUCAGAGUGCCUACAUCCCUGACAGGCUGUGUACGCUGCUGGAGGACGCCAAAGAACUCGCUGCACAGACCGCACUGUGGAACCUGGACUCGUCCCUCCUGAGCCAGUCCUCCAGUGACUCUGAAAGCAGUCAGUCUCCUCCUGCCGCUCUGGGGGUCGUGACCUUUGGCAGCAGGGCCUUCCCCUCCUGCCUGUCUCCCCCCGCUCUCUCCCCCCUCUCGCCCCUAGCCACUCUGACUCCUCCUGCCUCACACACACAGAGACACUACGUCAGCUGCCAGUCUCCCCUGUACUGAAGGUCCUUGUCCUUGGCUCCAGAGAAAGACGAAGAAGAGUGUGAGCAGAACAGGCAGGAAUCUCUUUAUUCUCACAUGUUUUCCUUUAGCUGAAGUUCACAGCAUGACCUCUUGUUCUCCGUCUCCUCCUCCUCACCUUUGUCUUCCAUCGGUGUUUAGACUUCACAGAUAAAAUGCCUCCUAUCAACAUCUGUUAAAUGUCAGCCUCCUCUUCCUCCUCCUCCUCCUCGUCGUUCUCCUGUGUGGAGACAGACGUUCAGUUCCCAUGAUGCCUCAGCGGGAACAUGUGUCAUCCUCGCACCCACAAACGAAAUCAGUUUGAGCUGAAACACCGUGGUUUAGAUCACACUUUGACGACUUUAAGGAUUAUUUGCGUCGCUGUCGUUGAUUAAUUUAGACUCAUAAACUUAAAGACUCGUCUGUGUUCGGUGGUUUUCAGUCUGUGUUUUUUAGCUCCGUCAUAAGGCGCUCUGCCGUCGCCUCGGAGCGUUUGAUCAUUUGAACGAGUUAAACUUUCCCCUCGUUUGUCUGACGCUCUGCUCUUUUGAGACUUUAAAGGCUCUAAAAAAAAGGUCAUUUGUGGGAGGAAGAAAAAGUUGGAGGGGCUGAUUUGUCAUCAUUUAGAAUCAAAGGAGCAAAGAAACCACUUUUAUUUCUGUCGCUGAGGGAGAAGGCCGACGUUUUAAAGACCUUUGUGAGGAAAAAUCCCUGAAAAUGUGCUUCAUUUAAACCCAAGGAAAUAUUCAUGACUUUCUUUUAUGCGUAUACAUUUUACAUCCUCCAUUUUAGGUCGCGUGCUCCUGCACGUGUUCGGCCGUUUUCUGGAAUGAACUACAUGGAAAUAAUAAUAAUAAUAAUAAUAAUAAUAAUCGCAUUGAGUGAUUAUGAAAACGCUUCCACUCCUUCAAGAAUUAAUCACACUAAAAAUAACAGCUUAGAAUCUUACGUCAGACCUUUUUUUUUUAAAACCUCAAACAUUUCCCAAUAAAUCUUUGCAAUAAUGAACAAAAAGCUUCUUUCCCCCUGAAAUCUGCAGACAAAAUCUUCAUUUUAACACUGACGUUUACAGCAAACGCAGUCAUGUGGCGAGGAAGGAGGUGAAGGGGGACGAGAUGAAGUUCAUGUAAAAAGAGUUGAGGUCUUUUUAGUUGUUUAUAGUGCGUCACAAAUAUCUUGACGUGACGAUGUUUUACUGUGUUUUACUGCAGCUUCUUCAAGAGGCCAAUGAUUUUCUCUGGGUUCAUUAACACGUUUGAUGUUUGUUCAUGUCGUUUUAGUGCCCUUUAUUUUUAUUAGAAUGUCCUGAGAAUGUCCUUCAGAACCUAACAGUUUGUUUCAUUUUGUGUGUCUUUUUGGUGGUUUUCUGUCUCUUU